AUGUAUGGAUAUAAUGAUGUAGAUGGUGUGUAUAAUGAAAUGGAUGGAAGCAGCUGCAACCCUCUUGACAUUGACUUCAGCAAGGAGGACUCUGACAUAUACGUGGGAAGGACGUUCAAGCACAAAGCGGAGUGCAAGUUGACGUUGGCUAUCUACGCAAUUGCUAAGGUGUGCACGUUUAAGCUCAGGCAUUGCAAACGCCGACUGACGGCGAAAUGCUACGAAAAAGAAUGCAAGUGGAGAGUAGUGGCUGUUCAACUCGGUGAUUCUCCAACUUAUCUGGUUAAAAAGGCAAUUCUGAAUCAUGUAUGCGUAGCCGACGUUAGAGGGAAGUAUAAAAAACAUGGUACAGCCAAAGUGCUUGCAGCUCUAUUGCGUUCGAAAUACGAGAGGCUCUACUCUGGGCCGCGUGCUAUGGAACUUCCGGAAAUGUUGCGAACGGAAUUCAACUAUACAUGCUCAUACUGGAAAGCUUGGAAAGCGAAAGAACUAGCGAUUGCAUCUGCGCAAGGAACAGAAGAGGAUUCAUACAAGAUGCUACCACAGUACUUCCAUGUACUCAAGCUAGCAAAUCCUGGAACAAUCACCGAUAUUAAAACAGAAAAAGACAAAGAAGGAAAAACAAGGUUUAAGUAUGCGUUCAUGUCCCUGAAAGCAUGCAUCGAUGGAUGGAAGUACCUGAGGAAGGUGCUAGUGGUGGACGGCACCCACAUGUUUGGAAAGUACAAAGGUGUUUUGCUAAGUGCCAGCGGACAAGAUGCUAACAGCCGCGUAUUCCCGAUUGCUUUCGCAGUAGUGGAAAGCGAGAACACAGAAUCUUGGACAUGGUUUAUUGAGAGGUUAUCUACUAUUGUAGAGGAUGGUUCUGAUUUAAGUAUAAUAUCAGAUAGAUGCGCAGCAAUUUUCGCAGCGAAAGAUAAAUGGUACCCACGUGCACACCAUGGUAUUUGUCUCGUACACCUCCAGCGUAACGUUAAUGAUAAGUUUAAGGGGCUGCAACAGAAAGCAAUGGUUGGCAGAGCUGGGGAUGCGUUCAGAGUUUCGGAGUUUAAGGAGAUAAUGGAGCUUAUUAAACUGACGGAUUGGAGAUGCUGGGAUUAUUUGGAGAAGAUCGACAAGAAGCUAUGGACACGUUCACAUUUCGAAGGGGAGAGAUUUAACGUGAUGACUUCUAACGCUGCUGAAUCGUUGAAUAAUGCUCUUCUGCCCGCUCGUGAUAGUCCUAUAAUGGCAUUGUUCGAGUUUAUUCGCCGGAAGCUGUGUACAUGGUAUGUGAGCAGACGCACCGAGAUCAGUAAGAUGAAGGGAAAUGUUCCAGAUAAUAUUCAAAAGAUACUGGUCGAACAGCUGGUGCUGUCAACGGGCCUUCUAGUUAUGCCAUGUUCGACUUGGUUAUUCGAAGUUACGCACAGGCCAACUAAUUUUGGUUUCACGGUUGAUCUGGAUAAACGAACUUGCACUUGCCUCGAAUUCCAAAAGCUUGGUUUGCCAUGCCGACAUGCCAUUGCUGCUGCUUCUUGCCGUAAUAUGCAGUACACCAUGUUUGUUUGCAAACACCAUCUCAAAGAGACAUGGGCUGAAACAGUUAGGGGUAUCAUACUUCCGGUUCCGGAUCCAAAGGAUGUUGAAGUGCCAGCCGAAAUACUAACGGUUGAUCUUUAUCCACCAACGACCAAACGAACGAAGGGAAGACCAGGAAUCAAACGUAAACUGUCCGCAGGAGAGAUACCGGUAAGACUGUGGUGUUGA